CGUUAACGAGUCCGUAUCGUGAUUCAGGUGAUAAAAGAUUAUCAAUUGUUCAUGGUCGUUGGAAUAUUGUUGGCUGUCGAUCUAACGAUCAUGACAACGUGGCAAGUGGCUGAUCCGUUUUAUCGGGCGAUAAAACAAAUGGAGCCCUAUCAUCACCCUUCCAGCGAGGAUAUAAUAAUCAUCCCGGAAAACGAGUAUUGUCAGAGCAAUCAAAUGAAUAUUUAUCUGUUUUGCAUAUAUGCAUACAAAGGCCUUUUAAUGAUAUUCGGUGCCUUUCUGGCAUGGGAAACGCGGCACGUUAGUAUACCGGCAUUAAAUGACAGUAAAUACGUAGGGAUGAGCGUGUACAACGUUGUUAUAAUGUGCGUCACCGGUGCAGCUAUAAGCUUCGUGCUGACUGACAAACAAGACGCCAUGUUUAUAAUGUUGGCGGUGUUCAUUAUAUUUUGUAGUACAGCCACUCUUUGUCUGGUUUUUAUUCCUAAGGUACGUUUAUGUAUCUUACUCGACGUUUUGCAUUUUAAAUUGGCUGACCUUCGAUCGUAGACGUUCGAAGAGAUUACUUAAUUGAGUGCUUUCCGUUUAGCAUUUUCCGAACGGAAACUUUGUCAAACGGAUUUAAUUUUAAAUCGGCAAAGUCUCACAAAAGUUCUCGUUCAUUUAAGCAUGAUACUAUUGAUUUGUUUGAUACUAUCUAUUCGCCGCGUGUUCAAUCUUCAGCAAUCUUCUUAUUACAGAUUACAGUACAGGAUCUUUGUAGAGCUUUCUUUCAAAGUCUCGGAAUUCUCAGUCGAUAUACUUAUUUAAAGAAACUUUUCAAUCACA